AUGACAGAUCAAGCUCAAGCUAUUGCAGCUGGUAUUCGGAAUGUAUUUCCUCCAAGUGUGCAUCAUCGUCUUUGUGUUUGGCACAUUGAGCAAAAUUCUAAGAAGCAUAUUGGGGCUUUGAGAGCUUUGGAUGGAUUUACAGAUUUGUUUGGUUAUUUGCUCAAGUAUUGUGAAACCCCUGCUGAAUUUGAACAUUUUUGGAAAAGAAUGUUAAUGAAAUAUAAAUGUGAAAAAGAUGAUUGGUUGUGUGAUUUGUACAAGAUUAAAGAGAUGUGGUGUCCAGCCUAUUCUAAGAAGCAUUGGUCUUGUGGUGUUUUAUCAUCUCAACGAAGUGAAACUACAAAUAAAUCUGUUUCGGAAAGGCUUAAUAAGACCCAAGGUUUGUGUGACUUCUACCAUGUUUUUCUUGAUGUUAUCUGUGAGUGGAGGAGCAAAGAGAAUGGAAAUGAUUUUAAUACAUUGAGGGGUAAUCGUCAUCUUGCUUUUGCUCAUAUUAGCAUUUUAGUUCAUGCUAAGUCUUUGUACACCAUUCAAGCAUAUAUUAUUUUUGAAGAGGAGUUCAUUAAGGGUACUGCUUAUGAACAUUCUGAUGUUGGUCUUCAUUUUCCUGAAUAUUCAUACCAUUUAUGGAGAUCUGAUAAAGAUAAGAUUAGGCAUGAAGUUGUUUUCAACAAGGAAACUCAUGCUAUAUGCUGCACAUGCAUGUACUUUAGUGAAAUGGGAUUGUUAUGUUCUCAUUCUCUUCGUGUAUAUCAUUUACAUUGUGUACCUAAGAUUCUGGAUGAGUAUAUUAUGAAGCGUUGGACCAAGGCUGCAAUGUGUACUCAUACUACUGUUGAUAAACCUUCUUCAAGAACUAAUUUGGUGUCCUCUACUGUUUGGAGGUCGCAAACAUUAAGGAAGUUUGUGAAGUUGGUAACUAGUUGUCAAAAUUCUUUGCCUGCAAGAGCUGAAGUUGACCUCUAUUUUGAUAUUUUAAAAGACAAAGUUGAGAGUGUUAGGGGCAUAAUUGAUUUCAAUGAGGCUGUUGAAGGUGUUGAAAUUGUUGAUCAUGAAGUUAAUGAUCCUCCCAAAAAACGACCUGUUGGUGAGAGAAAUGUUCGGCCUAAAAGUACUGUAGAAAAGGAAUUUAAUAAAGCUAGGGGUAAUUGGAGGAAGAGAAAGUCUUUAUAUACACCUUACAUGAGGGCUAAAGGUCAAUCAGGAGUUCAGGAAUUUGAUGAUAUUGGACUUCCUGUUUCUUAUGCUAAUUCUAUGUGUGAUUAUGAUGAACUGGUUAUAUUGAAAAACCCACCUUCUAAGGUUUCUGUUGAAAGUUCUUUUGGAUCCAAUUUAUCUUUUGAUGAAGAUAUUUCUGCUCUUGCUAAGGAGAAGGAUUUAAAUUUUUCAAGUAAUGCUCAUGCUUCUUCAAGUGUUCCUCCAAGAAAUGUUCAAGUUCCUCCAAGAAAUGUUUAA